AUGGCGGCUCCUUCUGACACUACGGCACUGGACAGCCUUCACAUCCGUUUGGGUCUAGACCAGGACCCCCAUCGCAUGGCAACGGCUAUUGUGGCAGCAAUGACGGACCACGCACAAACCGUGCAACGAGUCCCUACCCCCUGCACCUUAGCGGGACCCACGUCGGCUGCCUGCAUCAGCCUCCUGAAGGGCACGGUCGGCAAGACAGUGGGAAGAGGCCACACGAGCACAGUCCACCUGUCUCAUGAGGACCCCAACUUUGUCAUCAAACAGGUCAAGGUGGAGCACGAGGCAGACUUUCGGAAAGAAUUGCAUCGUGUUACACGACUUCCGCCUCUCUCCGUGAUCAACACCAUCUACGCGGCAGACGGCCCGAGGGCACUCAUGCCGCGCCUUUGGUCAGCUCCCCGUCCUCUCACCGGGGACACAGUCCAGCGACUCAAAUUUGACAUCGCGGCUGCACUGCAGAUGCUGCAUUCAGCCCAAAUCGUUCAUGGGGACGUGCACGCGGACAACAUCAUGGUCCGGCACCAACCGGCCAGUUUCGUACUGAAUGACUAUGGCGGCUGCUCGGGCGAGGCCAUCUACCCCUUGAGUAAUGGCUACGGCGCCAAGGGCUAUGGAGGCGAUCUACAUCGUCCACCAACCCUAGAAGAUCCACCCGCCCCGGUCCGGACGGCGCAUGGGGAUUUCUACAGGCUGAGCCAAACGAUCCUCAAACAGUUCCUGUCGGAUGAGGAGCCUACCAAACGACGCAAGGGCAGUGGCGUCAAUGACGGAGUCAGCAGAGGAAUUCCUAGCCACAUGAAGCGAGAAUUGCAACUGUGGCUGGAGCGGGACCAAUGGCCACAGCCCAUCUAUCCCAACUCCCCCUUCCCUGCUGGCUCCUGGACGGACUCUGCCUUCAACCCCGCUGUCACUGUGCAUGCUGGCCUGUGGAGAGCCAACGGGGAGCUCCGGACAGAUACCGCCACCUUUGCCAGAUCAGACGACAAGUUUGGCAACAACAACGGCUCACUGGUUCCGGAAAAGUCCGAUCCGUCAGAUCUCACACCUGGCCUUGGCUCCUGGGAAAAGUCUGCUGUUUGGGCCAAGUUCUACCUUUCUACGGAAUUGAGGACAUGUGGCCGCCAUCUCCGGUAUGUAUACCAAGAGAUCUUUCCCUGGGAAUCCUACUCCAACCAGGACGGCUACUUGGUGCUGGACAAGCCCCCUCCUCCGCCUCCGACCAAGCCAAUCGAGCCGAAGGAAGAGGCGGUGCAUCGCCUCCAUCUCCCACCUCUCCUGCGAACCGUCCCGCCAUGGAAGCUGUCGCAGCGGGAGCCCCCACGUGCUGCUACCGAGCUGCCAGGCAUCUGGGGAGAACCUCCCGCCCGCCCUGCGGAGGACCAAAACCCCUCGCAGACAAUUUCUGCCCAACGCCAGCCCCCGCCCCAGCCCAUGCCGGCUACCUUUGACCCACCGGAAUCAGCGCCUCCUUUUAACAUAGUCAUGAAGGAAGCUCAGGUCUACGACCCGAAUGCCAGAUUCCGAGCGAUGGCAGCCUCAGGAGGCAGCGAUGUCCCUUUCGACACCAAGGGCCACAUGCUCCAGUCUGGCGAUGCUUUUGUGGCUCGAGAUCUCGCAAGGACUCCCAAACCAGGAUCUCGCAAAAACACCAUAGAGGAUUGGUCUCGAAGCCUUCACACUGCCGCGGACUUGCUGCGUGGAGUCGCGGGGGAUAUGCAGGCCUACCCAGAUCGCUUCCUGGAAGAGUGCCCCUUCCCGAGACCCCCACCGCCCUAA